GAUCGGGUUCAUGUCGCUUUAGUUACUCAGAUCCCAGCAUCACCGUGUCCUACAGUAAGAACAGUUCUGCAGAUUGGACUCAGCUGGAGAAAAUUAGCGCUCCUUCCAACAUCAGCACGAUCAUCCACAUCUUGUACCUUCCUGAAGAUGCUAAAGGGGAGAACGUCCAUUUCCAGUGGAAACAGGAUUAUGUUCAUGAUGGUGAUGUGUAUGAAGCCUGCUGGGCACUGGACAACAUCCUGAUCAUAAAUGCUGCUCACAGAAAAGUGGUUUUAGAGGAUAAUCUUGAUCCUGUGGAUACUGGCAACUGGCUUUUCUUUCCUGGAGCCACAGUUAAGCAUAGCUGCCAGUCGGAUGGAAACUCCAUCUACUUCCAUGGGACUGAAGGCAGUGAGUUCAAUUUUGCCACAACCCGGGAUGUGGACCUCUCCACGGAGGAUGCCCAGGAGCAGUGGGCAGAGGAGUUUGAGAGCCAGCCCAAAGGGUGGGACAUAUUUGGAGCCGUCAUUGGUACUGAAUGUGGGACACUGGAAUCUGGCUCAGCUAUGGUAUUUCUCAGAGAUGGAGAAAGAAAAAUAUGUACUCCAUACAUGGACACUACGGGUUAUGGGAACUUGAGAUUUUAUUUCAGCAUGGGGGGAACUUGUGAUUCUGGAGAAUCCCAUGAAAAUGAUGUCACACUUUAUGCCAAGCUUGAAGGCAGGAGGGAACACAUACCUCUUGAUACCCUGACCUAUGCUGCUUACAAGGUUCCAUCUUUGGUUUCUGUUGUCAUUAGUCCGGACCUGCAGACUCCAGCAACUAAGUUUUGCCUGAAGCAAAAGAGUCACCAAGCCCACAACAGGAAUGUCUGGGCUGUGGAUUACUUCCAUGUCCUUCCAGUGCUCCCUUCCACGGUGACUCACAUGAUCCAGUUCUCCAUCAAUUUGGGCUGUGGAACUUACCAACCUGGUAACAGCGUCAGCUUGGAGUUUUCAACCAACCAUGGUCGCUCUUGGUCCCUGCUCCACACCGAGUGUUUGCCUGAGAUUUGCGCUGGGCCUCACCUCCCCCACAGCACUGUGUACACCUCUGAAAAUUACAGCGGGUGGAACAGAAUAACUAUUCCCCUUCCCAAUGCUGCAUUAACAAGUGACACCAGGAUUCGAUGGAGACAAACAGGACCAAUCCUUGGAAAUAUGUGGGCAAUCGAUAAUAUUUAUAUUGGUCCAUCUUGCCUCAAAUUCUGCUCAGGGCGAGGACAAUGUACUAGAAAUGGCUGCAAGUGCGACCCCGGCUUUUCAGGGCCAGCAUGUGAGAUGGCGUCACAGACCUUCCCCAUGUUCAUCUCGGAGAGCUUCGCCAGCUCCCGCCUCUCUUCCUAUCACAAUUUUUACUCCAUCCGAGGGGCUGAGGUCAGCUUCGGCUGCGGGGUCCUGGCCAGCGGCAAGGCCCUGGUCUUCAACAAGGAUGGGAGGCGCCAGCUUAUCACCUCCUUCCUCGACAGCUCCCAGUCCAGAUUCCUGCAGUUCACGCUACGCCUGGGCAGCAAGUCAGUGCUGAGUACUUGCAAAGCCCCUGACCAGCCUGGGGAAGGAGUGCUGCUGCACUACUCCUAUGACAACGGGAUCACCUGGAAACUGCUGGAGCACUAUUCCUAUCUCAACUACCAUGAGCCAAGAAUAAUUUCAGUGGAGCUGCCUGAAGAUGCGAGACAGAUUGGAAUUCAGUUCAGAUGGUGGCAACCAUAUCACUCUUCUCAAGGCGAAGAUGUGUGGGCAAUCGAUGAAAUCAUCAUGACCUCUGUGCUUUUCAAUAGCAUCAGUCUGGACUUCACCAACCUAGUUGAAGUCACACAGUCUCUGGGAUUCUACCUGGGAAAUGUUCAGCCCUACUGUGGACAUGACUGGACUCUUUGUUUUACAGGAGAUUCAAAGUUAGCUUCUAGCAUGCGCUACGUGGAGACCCAGUCUAUGCAGAUCGGAGCUUCAUAUAUGAUACAGUUCAACUUGGUGAUGGGCUGUGGUCAGUCAUUUACUCCAUAUAUGGACAACCAGGUGAAACUGGACUACUCCACCAACCAUGGUCUCACGUGGCAUCUUGUUCAGGAG